AUGGCCACCCAGGCAGGGAUUUACUUCGCAAGUCAAAUUUUCUGUCUCCCAUGCGAGCUCCUGCUCAACUUCGGUCUUUUCCAGUUCCUAAUCUUCCUUUUUCACGAGCGACGCCAAGAAGCGACCAUCGUCAUUCUCACCAACGACGUCAACAAGAAGUUCAAGAUCGCGGCGAUUUCGAGGCUUUCUAAAGCGGCACAAGUUCUUGUGGCGCUGAGCUGCUUUGUGCUUGUGAUAAAUGUUAUUGAUGUGGCUGCCCCCGAGCUCGGCUUGGCGACUGCUGAGCUUGUGGACGUCAUCAUUCAGCACAUUUCACUCGCUUUCGUGGUGGGCUUCCGGUUCUACUUUUUGGUCGCGGCUCGUGGCCUGGCCAAGGUCUGGCGUUCCCAGAAACUCGAGAUCGGCUUUUAUUUGCUACUUGCAACGCAUGCGGUCCCAUUCCACGCUCUCAAUCUAGCUACGGGGACUCUGGAUGCGCGUCACGAUCGUACUUUGCCUUUCGUCCACGAUCCGCGCGAAGCUUUCCAGCCGCAGCUCCAAACGGAGCCAAAGCGUCUUUCAGAGCAAAGGGAAGGACAUUCUUCUGGCUGGCCCAUCGAGCCCAUCAGCAAACCUAUUAAAGGCACCAUCAAGGAGAACAGCGAUGAGGAUCACUCCAUCGUGUCAGGGUGA